AGGAAAACGGAGAGGCAAGGGAGGACGGUCGGCGGUACCGAGGGUCACAGGGAUGUACAGUAAACACAGGCAGAAAAAUGCCCAAAUAUCACCGGCAAAAUGUGGACGUUUGCUCAUUUUUCUUUCUUUUCUUCUGCUGAACGGCAUACUGGAAAGAGCCAGCGGAGACACUGGAGAACAAGGGCUGCGCGGGGGAAGGACAGUGACGGCGCAGUGGCUUUCUCAAGGCCGAACCAAGCGGUGGGCCGGUGCUUCCACACAGGAUCAAUACCCAGACAGAGGGGAAAUACUGCUGUCAUCCGAUGACCUACAACUGGCGCUAAUAGUGGAACGAAAUCAGGAGCUGAUAGGUCCAGACUUCACAGAGACCCACUAUACAGAAGAUGGGCAUCCGGUGAUGGUGGCCACCAAUUACACUGAUCACUGUUUCUACCAUGGCCACGUAAGAGGACACACAGAUUCCUGGGUAGCUCUCAGCACAUGUUCGGGAGUAAGGGGCCUGAUAUCCUUGAACUCUAGUGACACAUACUACCUGGAGCCAAUCAGAGGCUUGGAUCCUCUCCACCAUUCACUGUUGAGCACCGAAGAGCUGCAGAUUAAAGGUGGACACUGCAGCCACGGACAUCAGACCAGCCACCCGAGCCAGAUCUCUGACCUCCUAAAGCCAUUGCAUCCAAGGGUAAAAAGGAAUGCCUGGGGCACCACCAAGUACAUGGAGCUGUACAUUGUGGCUGACAGCACACUGUAUAAACGGCAAAAUAAGGACUAUCAGAAAACCAAGCUGAGGAUAAUGGAAAUUGCCAAUUACGUGGAUAAGUUCUACAGGGCUCUGAACAUCCGUGUGCCUCUUAUCGGGCUGGAGAUUUGGACUGAGAGGGAUCAGUGUAUUGUUACCGAGGAGCCCAACGCCACCCUCUGGUCUUUCCUCCAGUGGAGACAGAAGUUGAAAUCCCGCAAGAAACAUGACAACGCCCAGUUGCUCACAGGAGUGAUUUUCAAGGGGACCACCAUCGGGAUGGCACCGUUGGAGGGGAUGUGCAGCCUGGAAAACUCCGGAGGCAUCAAUGUGGACCACUCCGACCUUCCCAUCGGUGCUGCGGCCACCAUGGCCCACGAGAUUGGCCACAACUUCGGCAUGAGCCACGACCACGAGGGCUGCUGCGUGGAGGCCACGGCCGAGCAGGGAGGCUGCGUGAUGGCUGCUGCCACCGGGCAUCCAUUUCCACGGGUCUUCAGCCGUUGCAGCAAGCGAGACCUGGACAGCUACUUCCAGAAGGGAGGCGGCAUGUGUCUUUACAACAUGCCCAACAUGAAGGACCUGGUGGGGGGGAAGAGGUGUGGAAACGGCUUUGUGGAAGAUGGAGAGGAAUGUGAUUGCGGAGAACCUGAGGAGUGCACGAAUGACUGCUGCAAUGCUAACAACUGCACUUUGAAGGAGGAGGCACAGUGCGCCCAUGGUGUCUGCUGUGAGGGCUGUAAACUGAAGCAGGCAGGUACCAUGUGUCGUGGUCCGGCCGGGGCGUGUGACCUUCCAGAGUAUUGCACUGGAGCUUCGCCUUACUGUCCCGCCAAUGUCUACCUGCUGGACGGCUCCUCCUGUCAAUACGGGGUGGCCUACUGUUACAACGGCAUGUGCCUCACCCAUGAACAGCAGUGCCUGCAGCUCUGGGGUUACGGAGCCCGGCCGGCUCACGAUGCCUGCUUUGAAGACGUCAACGCGGCAGGGAAUGCUUUCGGGAACUGUGGCAAAGACGGACAAGGCAACUACAUGAAGUGUGAGAAGAGCGAUGCCAAGUGCGGUAAGAUCCAGUGCCACAGCGCCGCCAAGAAGCCCAAGGGCACCAACGCCGUGUCCAUCGACACCACCAUCAAGACAGACGGCAUAGAGGUGAAGUGCAGGGGCACCUACGUCUACAGCACCCAGGACGGCCAAGGCGACCUGCCCGACCCCGGCCUGGUCAUGACCGGCACCAAGUGUGGAGAGGGCAAGGUGUGCAGAGACCGCCGCUGCCAGAACGCCUCUUUUACUGAGCUGGAGACUUGCAUCGCCCGCUGUCACGGCAACGGGGUGUGUAACAGUAAUGGGAACUGCCACUGCAAUCGAGGCUGGGCGCCGCCUUUCUGUGAGAAGCCGGGACUUGGUGGCAGCGUGGACAGUGGACCUGUCCAGUAUGACAGUCAGGUGGGUCUGGUCGUGGGUCUUCUCUUUGCCUUCCUGGUGGUCCUGCCUGCGGUGCUGCUGGCCUUCUACUGCUACAGGAUCAAGAGCUCCUACUACCACAAGUGGCUUUCCCAGAGAGAGAAGAACAACAAGAGCAAAAAGAUGGAGGGAUCUGCAGAGAAAGAGAAGAACGGCCAUCUGAAUCCUGCUUUUCACCUGAAGGUGGUCGGACCAAUCAACAAAGCUGGCAGCCACAAGGGGCUUCCUCACACCAGCAAAGAGGUUCUGCCUCUCAGACCGGGUCCGGCACCCAACAGCACCCAGCCGGUCAACAUUGUGCGCCCACUGAGGCCUGCUCCAUCACCCCAGGGUGCGCGGCAGGACCCCAAGGUGGCUCGCCCACCGCUGCCAGCCAGCAAACCCCCAGCCGCCCCACCCAAAUCCCCUCAGACCCCACAGAGACUCACCCCGCCCAAGAAACCCCUGCCUCUCAACCCGACACGCUCUCCACUGUUGGUGUCAGAGCUGCAGCCCAGACCCUCGCCCUUCCCUCCUCAGAGGCCGCUGCCGCUCAGCCCGGCCAGGACAGCCCUGCCCACGGUGAGCCCGGCCCGGACCCCGGCCUCCAAGCCCUCCCCAGGCCUGCUGGUCAUGAUGCCUCCGGCUGUCGGACCCAAGCCUGUGGGCAAAGUCUCAGCUGUCCCCCCUCUCAGAGCACUCAGACCGGUCCCAGGAGCCAAACCAAACACAGCCUCGUCUCCGUUGCGAAAAUGACCUUGUGGCUGACAGCCUAUUUGCACUAAAGAGACCUUGGUGGGGAAGGCUGGUACAACAACAGAGCUGUCCCGCGCACCGGAGGGGGGCACAGGGACCCAGUUGAAACCAGAGACACCACAGAGCAAGCGGGGACUCACAACAAUUCAGGCUUAAAAUGAAAACCUUCCCUCUGCCCCCUAUCAACCUUGACCGCCGUCCCCCGACCUCCCCCUAAUCCCCCCACCACCUCCCCUACCCCGACCCCCACCCCUACCCCCCCAACCCCUCAGCGCGCUACCAUUAACCACGAUGACGCGGUUUUGCACGGAGGCCUUGCAGACUGAGACAAGUGUUAUCGCUGGGGGGACGGUCACAUUUGCCAAAUCUUUUUUUAAACUUUUUUUAUGUUGGUUUUUUUAAUCUUUAUUUUUUUGUCAAUCUGUUUACGCUCUGUGUAUUAAAAAAAAAA